AUGGCUGCACCCACCCCGCUGCCCCCCAGCCUGCGCCGGGGCUUGGUGGCCUUCAGUGGCUCCCUCUUCAUCAACAACAAGACGUGGGAUAGUGGCACCGCCCACACCUACCAGCCAGCUCACGAGGUGUUGUCCAGCCUGCCCCUCCAGGUGAUGCUCUACUUCAACGUCUACUACUUCCCAGUCUGGUGCCUGGCUGAGGGGAUUAUGCUGCACCUGAAGUACCACCUGCUGCCUUGGCACUACCAGUUCCUGCUGGUCACAGCCUUCCUAAUCCUCUCACUGGCUGAGGGCUCCCGCCUCUACCUGGGCUACCUGGGGAACCUCCAGGAGAAGGUGCCCGAGCUGGCUGGAUUCCUGCUCCUCUCCUUCCUGAUCCAGCUGCCCCUCCUGCUCUUCCUGCUGACAGACAGCCAGGUCAUCCACUUGCCGCUGGAGGUGCCCAUGCACAGCUUGUUCCUGGUCUUCCUCCUCCUUGAGAUGGUGGCUGCCUUCCUGGCGCUGAGGAUCAUGACCAAGCAGCUGGCAGCACAGUUUUACCUGCGGCAGUUCCUGGAGGGUGGGGGGGAGCGGCUGGAGCUGGGGGGCACAAGGGGACAGGCAGCCGAGAUGGUGUGGUGCUGCAGGACCCCUCCACCCCACACAGCUGGUCCUGGCAGGGAGCAUUAAACAGGCUCAAACCCGCAGACACUGUUUCUGAGCUUUGUGGAGCCCCCAGAGGCAGCACCCAGGCACAGCCCAACUGACCCUUGUCCUGCACCAGCCAACACAGCCUGGGGAAAGUGGGAUUGAGGGCUCAGCACCUCUGAAAUGUUCCAGCUUACCCCAGGGCUGUGCCUGUCCUUGCUGAGCAUCAGCCCUGGAAGGAGGCAGGAACCAGGGUGCAGGAACCACUGCACACCCCUAGGAAGUACCAGCCCAGGGCUGUAAAUUUAAGCUAGGCCCCUAAACCCUCCCUGAACUUCCCAGGGGGCUUCUGAGAAUCCAGGUGGCCCACAUGAAGCCCAUCCUAGCUGAAAG